UUCAAGAAAAAAAAAAAUUAAACAUAAAUAUUUAUCCAAAAAAGGAGUUUAAAUAAGACAGAAUAAAGGAAUAAUAUAAUAUAAUCCGUAAAGUAAUUGUUAAACAUGAUUAUUUAUACAAAUGCUUCGAAUCCUCUUGCGUUAAAGCUGUUAAUUGUUGCAAAACUCGCAAAGAAAAAUGUGGAGCUGAAAAUUGUCAACUUAAAUGAUACAGCGAUUGGUGAACCUCGACACUUACCAUGUUUAGAACUGGAUGAUGGGACUCAAUUCUUCAUGACCGAUGCAGCAGUCAAGUUUUUAAUGCACGGAAUUGAAGAAGAUGAUAAUACAAGAAGUCAAUGGUUAGAAUGGUCCACAACGAGAUUAGCGCCUGCAUUAGCGCAAAAAAUGUCUGUGGGACAUCGAGUCGAUCAAAAUGCUAACGUGGCUCUUAACUCAUUAGUUAAACUUCUUGACGAUACACUUAAAACGUCUAGUUUCAUCACUGGAAGUAAAAUUUCAUCAGCCGACAUAGCAAUUUGGUGUCUUCUUACUCCAAACGCCACUCUCGAGGGAUCUCAUAAUAUUGAGAAUGUUUUGAGAUGGUAUAAAGUCAUUGAAAAUCUUCCUGAAGUUAAGGAAUCAAUUGAAAUCGUUGGUCCAAUUAAGAACUUAAAUUUUUCGUCACUGCUACAAUGCAAUCGUUUUGGUGGAUUGCAUCAUGUAGAAUUAAUACCUCAUAUUGCUGAAUUAGAAACAAAGGUUUUGGCAGAAACACCUUCUUUAAUUUCUGAAACAAUCCUUCCAGCUGAAUUGGAACUUGCAAAGGCUUCAUUUGUCUAUGAAAGUGUCAAGCUAAAAGAAGAAGCCCGAACCAUAUUACCAAAAGCUAAUGAACGCAAUAUUCUCAUCACAUCUGCGCUUCCUUAUGUAAAUAAUGUCCCUCAUUUAGGAAACAUUAUUGGAUGUGUUUUAUCAGCUGAUAUUUUUGCCCGUUAUUCAAGGAUGAGUGGAUAUAAUACUUUAUUUGUUUGCGGAACUGAUGAGUAUGGGACGGCUACUGAAACUAAAGCACUUUCUGAAAAUCUAACAUGCAAACAGAUUUGCGAUAAAUAUUUUGAAAUUCAUAAUUCAAUAUAUCGAUGGUUUGGAAUUGGAUUUGAUUAUUUUGGGCGAACGACAACGAAAGAACAGACGGAAAUUGUUCAAGGCCUCUUUCUCGAUCUCUAUAAUCAGGGAUUAAUUGAAACUCAAGCUGUCGAACAGCUUCUUUGUCAAAAGUGUGACAGAUUUCUUGCAGAUAGAUUUGUUGAAGGAACUUGUCCACACAUUGGUUGUGGAUAUGAAGAUGCGCGUGGAGAUCAGUGCGAUAAAUGUGGAAAAUUGAUAAAUGCAAUUGAGUUAAUAAGACCUAGAUGUAAAGUCUGUAAUACUUCACCCGUUGUUCGACAAUCUGAUCAACUCUUUUUAAAUCUUCCAAAAAUUGAACCAAAAUUACGAGAAUGGAUUGAAACUGUCGAGAAUGAAUGGACAAAUAAUGCUAAAACAAUCACCAAAUCAUGGCUGAAAGAAGGACUUAAAACCCGAUGCAUCACAAGAGAUCUAAAAUGGGGAAUUCCUGUACCUUUAAAAGGCUAUGAGAGCAAAGUGUUUUAUGUAUGGUUUGAUGCUCCAAUUGGAUACAUCUCAAUUACUAGCAAAUAUACGAAAGAUUGGAAAGAAUGGUGGCAACCCAAAGAUGAUUCUAAGAAAAUUGAAUUGCUCCAAUUUAUGGCAAAAGAUAAUGUUCCUUUCCAUUCUGUCAUGUUUCCUUCAACCUUAAUUGGUGUCAAUAAAGGUCACACUCUUGUUUCUCGUAUAAUCUCUACAGAAUAUUUGAAUUACGAGAGUGGUAAAUUCAGUAAAAGUCGAGGAAUUGGUGUGUUUGGAAAUGAUGCACAAAAUACAGGAAUUGAGAGCGAUAUUUGGAGAUUUUAUUUAGCUUCAAUUCGACCUGAAGGUGGUCAGGAUUCUUGCUUUAGUUGGGAUGAUUUAGCUGCAAGAAAUAAUUCAGAGUUGUUGAAUAAUCUUGGCAAUUUUGUUAAUCGUGCCCUCAUGUUCUGUGAAAAGAAUUUUAAGUCAACUAUCUCCGACAUCACUCUAAAUAGCGAUGAUGUUAAUUUAUUAGCACUCAUCAAUAGAGAGUACAAAGGCUACAUCUUGUCAAUGGAAAAAGUAAGAUAUCGUGACGCAAUUCGACAUCUCCUAGGAAUAUCUCGACAUGGUAACUUGUACCUUCAAACUGAACAGCCCUGGGUUUCGCUCAAAGGAACUGAUGAACAAAAAUCUAGAGCUGGAAGUGUUAUAAGUUUGGCUUGUAAUAUUGCAUGCUUGAUAUCGAAACUUCUGUUUCCAAUCAUGCCUUCAACAUCUAGAAAAAUACAGUCUCAAUUGAACAUUGAUGUAACUCAAAUUACGUUUAGUCCAAGUAAACCACAAAUGAGUCUUUUGCUGAAAAACGGUCACAUUAUUGGAAAACCAGCACCGAUUUUCACAAAAAUUGAGCAAAGCGAUAUCGACAAGUUUAAAAAGAAGUAUGCAGGUGAACAGAAUGGCAAUAAAGGAACAAAAUCCGCCGAGACAAAAGCAUCUAAAACUGUCGAAGAAUUGGAAAAGGCAAUAGAAGAGCAAGGCAACAAGAUUCGAGGUCUCAAGAAGAACAAAGUCGAAAAGAGUGUUUUACAACCGGAGAUUAAUAUCUUAUUAGCUUUAAAGAAGGAUCUCGAAGAGAAAAAGAAGCAAGCACAAUAAAUCACGCUACAAUGUAUAUUAUACGCAUUUGACAUUAUCACAAAAAUAAAAGAUACUAAAUCUUAAUCUCAUAAAUUUCUUAUGUAUUUCUAUUGUGCUGCUGAAAUAAAUGAUUUUCUCUUCACUUAAUUGCCAAU